CUUGAAAUAUCACAUAAAUUUGAUAAUUCGAUCAGUCGAUUCAUGUUUAACGCAAUAAUGUAAAGUACAUACUACCUCCAUUCCCCUAUGUUUGGGACAAAAGAAAGUGGCACAAUUAUUAAUAAAAGUGAGAUUAUGUGGUUGAUAUUGAAUUGAUAAAGAAUAAAGUAGGAAUGAAAUGAUAAACAAUUGUAUUGAAUUGAUAUUAAAUAAAUAAAUAAAUAAAUAAAUAAAUAAAUAAAUAAAUACGAAGACCUUCAAUGUUCUAAAUCAAAAAUGCUCCAUCAAUUCCACAUCAAAUGGCAAAAAACAAUGCUUUGUCACUCAAACAUAUCGCUAGUAGUGCCAUUAUCCACCCAAACUCGACACUCCUAGCGAACCUCUUAGAUUAUUGCAUCAGCACAAGGUCACCAUUGGCAGCGCGUUCAGUGCAUGAGAGGGUCCUGAAGAGUAAUUUCAUCCACGAGGUCUUCAUCAACAACCGGCUCAUUGAUGCUUAUGGCAAAUGUUUCCUAUUACAUGAAGCCUGCCAGGUGUUUGAUAAAAUGCCCAAUAAGAACACUUUUACUUGGAACUCCAUGAUCAAUGCCUUGACGACAUUUAAACGUGUUGAUGAGGCAGAGGAGCUUUUUUAGUUGUUGUAUGUGACCCAUAAGCUUCAUCAUUGGUGGACAAUCCCUUUCCUAGUAUUCUGUACUUCAUCCAUUAGACUUGGAUGAUUGUAGAUGGUAUACAAUGAGCUUUCUUUACAUGAAAAUGUUCGCCAAUAUUUAUCAAAAUAACCAAAUCCUAAAACACAUGUGGUAUUUUGAAAAGUUAGUUUUGUUAUACGCUUAACAGUUUUUUUUUUUGAAAGAACGCUUAACAGUUGUUAAAAAUAGGAUGAACGAAUGAAUCUGAGAUGCCUUAAGUGUCUUAGGAAUCAGUUUUAAAUUUUGCAGUACACAUAGACACUUAGUUUUGAAAUGUAAAUGUGCUAAUAUUUACUUCCUAAAAAUAGCAAUUCUUAUAUUUAAGUAUUAUCAACCAACAUGGAAAAAGUUUGUACAAUUACCUCACAAUGUGAAAAUCCUAUUUCGCACUCUCCCAUCGUAUGUUUGUUGCAGCCGGUAAUGACAUCACAAUAAAGAAUAGUAAUUAUCUAUUGCUUACAUUGUGACCACUGAGCAGGGUUCCUCCCUGUCUUGGUGACAGCAGUGCGAUGACAAGGGUAACUUCUAGAUUUUGUUCCUUCGUCCCAGGCUCCAUCUAAUAAUGUUCUAUAGGGAUUAGAUUUUUUCUCUUUACUUUUAUAUCUUGAAUCUCUCUUUGUAAUCCUCUGUCGACCGUCUUUUGGGUCUCCAGUCUCCGGGAUCACCGCAACCGCACCAGCCCGCAUUAGCGUUGUGAUUUCAAUUCACGGCCAAAAUCCGCGAUGAAGCCGUAACGUAACUGCGACGGCCCCGCAUCCGGCCGCAACGGGUUGCAACUGGCCGCAAUGCCGCCGCUUCACCUUCCUCCUAUUGACCCUGCAACAUAUUUUAUGGCUAAGCAUCGUUGCCUGUGUAUAUUUUUAUCUGCAUACUCUUAUUCAAGAUACUCCAAUAGAGAAGAGGCAAUAAAGAAGAUACUCUACCGAAUGAGUUUGAGAGAUAACCUGCUUAGGAUGAAUUAUUUAUCUUUUUUUCAAGUUGCUCGCAACUUGCUCCUGCACUCCUGACAACAACUUGUUUGAUUCCGCCAAAUUGAUUAUUUUAAUUAUGAAAUUUUACUUCAGUUAUAUGUGUAGUUUAGUGGUUGACCAACUAAAGUUUAGUGCAUGUUGAUGUGUGUUUGCUAUACUUUUUUUGAA